ACCUAUAUUGUCUUCCCGGCAGUUCGUCUUCAGCUACUGUGAUAAGCUUUUUGCACUGCUCAUAAAAGAUAUCGACGCCAUGGAUCCCAGCAUCCUUCGCGGCGAGCAAGGCUCUAUUAAACAACAAAAGGAAAAGCAAAGACCAGAGGUUCUCGGCAGUCCAUCAUCAACCCAGACUUGAACUUUGAGCGAAUGGGCAUCGGAGGCCUGGACAAGGAGUUCUCUGACAUCUUCCGUCGGGCCUUCGCCUCGCGAGUCUUUCCUCCAGACAGAGUGGAGCAGAUGGGCUGUAAACAUGUGAAGGGGAUCUUGUUGUUUGGGCCGCCCGGCUGUGGUAAAACGCUGAUGGCGUGCCAGAUUGGUAAGAUGCUGAAUGCCAGAGAGCCGAAGGUGGUGAACGGGCCAGAGAUUCUGAACAAAUAUGUGGGCGAGUCCGAGGCCAACAUCAGAAAGCUGUUUGCUGAUGCAGCGGAGGAACAGAAAAGGUUGGGGGCCAACAGUGGACUGCACAUCAUUAUAUUUGAUGAAAUUGAUGCAAUCUGUAAACAACGUGGCAGCAUGGCAGGCAGCACUGGGGUCCACGACACUGUAGUCAACCAGCUACUGUCUAAGAUCGAUGGCGUAGACCAGCUCAACAACAUCCUGGUCAUUGGAAUGACCAACAGGCCUCACCUGAUCGAUGAAGCCCUCUUGAGGCCGGGUAGAAUGGAGGGCAAAAUGGAGAUUGGCUUGCCUGACGAGACGGGCCGUGUUCAGAUCAUGAAUAUUCACACUGCAAAAAUGAGUCAGUCAAACAUGCUGGCCAAAGAUGUUGACAUUAAGGAGCUUGCUGCUGAGACUAAGAACUACAGCGGAGCAGAGCUGGAAGGGCUUGUGCGAGCAGCCCAGUCCACUGCCAUGAACCGUCACAUCAAGGCCAGUACUCAGGUGGAGGUGGACACAGAAAAGGCUCACAUGCUGCAAGUCAACAGGAGUGACUUCUUGGCCUCUCUGAAUAAUGACAUCAAGCCUGCUUUUGGCACUAAUCAGGAUUACUCAAGUUACAUCAUGAACGGGAUUGUGAAAUGGAGCAAUGGUGUUUCUGAUAUACUGGGAGAUGGAGAACUUUUGGUGCAACAGACCAAGAAUAGUGAACGCACUCCACUAGUAACUGUGCUUUCAGAAGGCAAUGGUAAGACCGCACUUGCAGCCAAGAUCGCAGAGGACUCCCAGUUCCCCUUCAUCAAGAUCUGCUCUCCAGACAAAAUGAUCGGCUUUGCAGAGAACGCCAAAUGUCAGGCCAUCAAGAAGAUUUUCGAGGAUGCCUACAAGUCCAAAUUGAGCUGUGUGGUGGUGGACGAUAUAGAAAGACUUCUGGGUGAGUCCGUCACAAUGAAUUUUGUUCCCAUCAGGCCACGGUUCUCUAACCUGGUGUUGCAGGCUCUGCUGGUGUUAUUGAAGAAACCUCCUCCUCGGGGUCGUAAGUUGCUGAUUCUUGGCACAACUAGCCGGAAGGAUGUUCUGCAGGAGAUGGGCAUGUUGGACUCUUUCAGCACUACAAUUCACAUCCCUAACAUCUCUAGUGGACAACAUCUCAUGGAGGCCCUGGAGCUUCUCGGGGGCUUGCAGGAAGAAGAGCGAGCAGCUAUCGCAAAGCAGGUGAAAGGACAAACGGUGUGGCUCGGCAUUAAGAAGCUGCAGAUGCUCAUUGAGAUGUCACUGCAGAAGCUGUUAAAGGAGUCAGGAAAACACUGAGUGCAUUUGAAAGACUGAGAGAGAGAGAGAGAGAGAGAGAGAGAGAGAGAGAGAGAGAGAGCAGACAUACCUACAGCAUAUCUCUCUAUCCCUCACUUUCCUGAAGUAUAGUGUACUGUAUGUUUCCAUGAUAAAUACAGACACGAUAGCUCCUUGAUUCCUCACUUCAAGUGCAAAGGGUCUCAUAUUUGUACAGUGUCUCAGGAAUCUUAUGACAUCAGGAAUUUAAAUAGUACAUGCAUGUAUAUAAAGACCUAUUACAUGUUUUUAUAUAUAAAAUGUAUCAUAUUUAUAUGUAUUUACUGACAUGAACCAUUCCUGUCAAUAAUGCCUUACUCCUAAAAUAGCCCUUACUGGGCUGUGUGAAUUAAGCGAUGGUAAAAUUCUCUGACCAAAUCCUCUGCUCACUUUUCUCUUUGUCAUGGAUGGACUUAUCUUAACAGUUAGUGCCUGCCAAUACUGAACAAUACUGAAAUGCCCACUGCUGUGCCUUUGCAUGCCAGUAUAUUGUUGCAGUUUGUUUAUUGCUUUUAUUUUAAGAUUAGUUUUUUUUCUUUCUUUUUUUAAGCCAUCCUUUUUAUAUCGCUCGGGACAUUUCAUGUCAGGAACAUAGGAAAGGUCUUGGUCUCAGCCCCUCGCCCCAGUCUAACGGGUAACAUAGUGGCCUUAAGCUCUGUGAACAGGACAGAAACACGCAACCUACCUCCCCUCUGCCAAAAGUGCCAGGAUAGUUCACAUUGGCCUUGAAUUCUCCUCUUCUUUCUCUUUGUUAUGUCUCUUGCAUAUAUGCAUACUUUCUCUCUCAAAACAUUAUGACCCCUUUAUGACUUUUACUGUUGAACUGUAAAAUUCAUAGUGAUUGAGCCACAUUUAAAUAUAGAAUUUGAGGUUUGUAUACGUUUUGGAUCUUUGCAACUUGAACUACAUGUCACACAUUAGUACUUGUAGUAGCUGCCUUUAUUGUCAAACAUUUGGACAAUAAAAUAUAUAUUUUCAUGGCAUGACCGGUAAAGGAAGUAACUACUGCAAUUUCCUAUUAAAUAUAAAUAUAAAUAAUGUCUUCAAUGAUUUCCUGAUUAAAAUGCGGUUUUAAGAUGACAUAAAUGACUGCUGUUUUUGUUGAUUUGUAAGAAUUAGCUUUUUUUUUAUCAUUGAGACUUAGGUUGUGUUCAUACUUAGGUCUGGUUUAAAAUGAACUGUCUACUCUGCU